AUGAGUAUGUUUAAAUCAAUGUAUAAAAGUAAUUUGCCACCUAUUAAAGAUCCAACAUUACAUAAUCAAGAUGAAAAUGGUUUAAUAGAUGAAGAUCAAACAUAUUCAGAACUAAGUUGGAACGAUUAUUUCGAUUCGAAAAAAGAUAUAGCUAUUGAUGAAAGAGGUACCUUUAGAGUUUAUGAAUGUAACCCAGGUGGAAAUGGAACAGAGUCGUGUGACUAUUUGUUUGUGUUUGUUCAUGGCGGUGGAUAUACAUCAAUGUCAUGGGCUUUACUCUCAAAGAUAAUGAAAAGUCAUGCACAAUCAUCGAGUUUUAGGAUCAUGGCAUAUGACUCACGUGCACACGGUGACACAAAGACAUCCGAUGAUACCGACUGUUCAAUUGGCACACUUGUUGCCGACUUGGUUGCUCUUGUCAAUGCAUACCGCGAGCAGCAACCGCAAUUCUCAAAGUUAAAAGUGGUGCUUGUCGGUCACAGCAUGGGCGGUGCCGUCGUUGUCAAGGCAUCAAAGACUGGUCUCGUCAAGGACCAAGUAGGACUUGUGGUAGUCGACGUCGUCGAAGGCACUGCAAUGUCUGCGCUGCCCUCGAUGCGUGCCAUCUUGGCAAAGCGACCAGCUUCAUUCAACUCGGUGAGCGAUGCUAUCAAGUGGAGUAUAACAAGCGGCACCCUCCGAAACCUAGAGAGUGCUCGCGUAAGCAUACCAACACAGAUUCGCAAGGAUGAAGCAACUGCUGGCGUUGAAUCAGCCAAAUACAAAUGGAUUACAAACUUGGCUCAGACCGAACAGUAUUGGAGCGAAUGGUUCACCGGACUCUCCAAAGAGUUCCUAGAGAACCGAUACAUCAAACUACUGAUUCUCGCAGGUUCCGACCGACUCGACCGAGAACUAAUGAUAGCACAGAUGCAAGGCAAAUUUCAACUUGCACUACUUCCUCUGUGUGGACAUGUAAUUCAAGAAGAUAACCCAAAAUCGACAGCAGAUCUUUUAACAGAGUUCUCAAAGAGACUACCAAGUGAUGUUAAAAAAAAAUUAACCCAUCUCAUUUUUAACAAUAAAUUACUUAUGGCAACAUUAUCUAGAAAUUUGCGUCUUCAAUUGGAUGCACCAACACAAGGAUUCGUAAGAACCAAGAUUGUGUGUACAAUCGGUCCAAAGACAAUGAGUGUUGAGAUGUUGGUAAAGUUGAUCGAAACUGGUAUGUCGAUCUGUCGUAUGAACUUUUCACAUGGUACUCACGAGUAUCACGGUAAUGUCAUCAAGAAUCUCAGAGAAGCUGUCAAGCGUACUGGAAAGGGUUGCGCUUUGAUGCUCGACACUAAAGGUCCAGAGAUCAGAACCGGUAAAUUGGAGGGUGGUCAACCAAUCACCUUGCCAGCUGACCACGAAAUCCUUGUAGAUACAAACACUGAUGUUCCAGGUAACACAACUAGAAUUUCACUUGAUUAUAAAGGAUUGAUCGAGUCUGUAAAGCCAGGUGGACAUAUUUUGAUUGCUGAUGUAUUGGGAGAAACAAAGAAUGUACAUUUACCAGGUGCAGUUGUUACAUUGCCAGCAGUCUCAGAGAAGGAUGUAAAUGAUAUCAAGUUUGGUAUUGAGCAAGAGGUCGACUUUAUUGCAGCUUCAUUCAUUAGAAAGGCAGAGGAUGUUCUCGAAAUCAGAAGAAUCUUGGGUGAGCGUGCUGCAAACAUUCAAAUCAUUUCAAAGAUUGAAAACGAAGAGGGUAUCACCAACUUUAACGAUAUUCUAGAGGCUUCCGAUGGUAUCAUGGUUGCCAGAGGUGAUCUCGGUGUCGAAGUAAAUAUGGAAAAGAUUUUCGUUGCUCAAAAGAUGAUGGUUUCAAAGUGUAAUGCUGGUUCAACAACUAAUCAAUAUCAAUGUUAUUAUUUCUUAUUCGCAAAAACUAUAGCUGGUAAACCAGUAAUUACAGCAACUCAAAUGUUAGAAUCGAUGAUUAAAGCACCAAGACCAACUAGAGCUGAAGCUACCGAUGUUGCCAAUGCCGUUCUCGAUGGUACUGAUUGUGUUAUGCUUUCUGGUGAGACUGCCAGUGGUGACUACCCAAUUGAGGCUGUAGAUAUCAUGUCCAAGAUCUGUCGUGAAGCCGAACUCGUAGAGUCAAGUACCGAUUAUCACACUUUAUUCUCUGCACUCAAAGUCUGUUCAAACAAACCAAUUACAAUUGCUGAAACCAUUGCUUCAUAUGCAGUAGCAACCGCUAUUGAUUUGAAGGCCGAUAUUAUUAUUACAAUGACAGAAACAGGUUUGACUUCAAGAUUGGUUAGUAAGUAUAAGCCACCAAUGCCAAUCUUUGCUAUCACCUCAUGGGAAUACACUGUAAAGCAUUUGUUGGCAACCAGAGGUACCAUUCCAAUUCUUGUAGAGUCACUGAUGGGAACCGACAAGUUGAUCCAGCACUGUCUUGAGAUUGCAAUGAAGCAAGGCUUAGCCAAGGUUGGAAGUCGUGUUGUUAUCGUCUCUGGUAUCAUGGAAGGUGUUCCAGGAAAGACCAACUCACUCCGUGUCCUUACCCCAGCACGCAAUAACAAUAGUCAAUAUUCCUAUCAAGCAGUUUAA